CAAAGACAACAACUAGCAAAGCCACAACAGCAAAGACACACACCAGCAAAGACAACACCUGCAAAUACAACAACAGCCAACACAAACACAACAGCAAAAGACAACUACCAGCAAAGACAGCAACAGCAAAGAAAACACCAGCAAAGGCAACAACAGCAAAGACAACAACAGCAAAGCCAACAACAGCUAAGACAACAACACAAAGACAACAGCAGCAAAGACACCAACAGCAAGGACAACAACAGCAAAGCCAACAACAGCAAGGACAACAACAGCAAAGACAAUCAAGCAAGACAACACAGCAAAGACAACAACAGCAAGACAACACACAGCAAGGACAACAACAGCAGAGACAACAGCAGCAAAGACACCAACAGCAAAGACAGCAACAGCAAAGACAACACCACAUCAGCAGCGAGGUCUCCCGAGGCAUCUAUGCCCGACCACGAAGCUCUCGUUCCAGAUACCUAUAUAAUCAUGCUGCGCAGAGAGGCUGGCUUGAUUAGGAUCUUUGCAGAGGAAAGU